UUAGCAGCGGUUGCUAGGCGUUUGCCGAGCGUUAAUAACGCCCCACAAACGCCUAUAAUUCAGUUUGAGUGGUGUUACCGCUCCGCAAAAGCGUCGCAACCGCACCGCAAAUGCCGGCCAGGCGUUUGCGGAGCAGCACCAUAGACUAGAAUAGGAGGCUUCAACGCCUCCUGACUCGACCAUAGGCGUCCGUUUUGGCGCGAUGCGACGCAAACGCUCCCGUUAGAACAACACCAUGUGCUGUAAUGUGCAGAAGCGGGUGGGGGGGGGGGGGGAGGGGG